GGCGCGAAUGGAACGAUCGCUUGCAAGUUGAAGGAAGACUGGAUUUCAAUACGAAUAAAAACUUUGUAGUUUUCUUCAAUUUAAUUGCCAAACAAUAUAAUUUCGUUCGAGGAAUAUUGGUGUUUUGGAUUUAAAGUUGAAGGAAACACAUAGUGUUUAUCGGUUCAAUCGCUUAAGUCUUCGUUACAAUAGGAACUUAGGGCUAAGUUCCUUGACAGUUUUUAUUCGUUUGUUCGUCGUCUGGAUUGCAAGCUGGGUCAGUUUUUAUUCUUCUCCAAGUCUUCGUGGGCGCCUUCUGGAAAUCGUCUGGGUGUACUUACUAGAUCUGCAGCCAGCUUCUCUUUGGACAAGGAUUAUCAACGCAAUUUGGAUUCUUUGGUGACGGAUAAUGCCUGGGUCAAGAAAGGGACAUGGCACAAUGGAAGCAGACAAAAAAGUAAGUCACGAUGAGUUGCCUGUUAACUGUAAUGAUAUGUAUGAUGCUCAGCAUGUUAAGUUUGGUGUUCAUGCCUCACCGUUAAGUGACAGUAAGGGUUUAAGACUGCCUAAGUUUGAACCGAGAUACUUCGAUGGAAACCCAGCCGACUACCCACAGUUCAUUAAAGAGUUUGAGGUCAUGCUGAGUGGUUUUGUAUUGAAUGAUGAAAUGAAGUUAAUGUAUGUGUUGAGAUAUUGCACUGGUGUAGCUGCAAGAGCCAUACAGUGCUGUAAGUUUAUGCCCCCGAACGAAGGAUAUGAUGAGGCCAUGAAGAUACUCCGUCAGAGGUUUGGAAAACCAUAUAUGAUAUCCCGUAGUAUUUUCGAGACGGUGAAAGGUAACGGGUCACAGUUGAACGAUAAUGCAGAGGAACUUGCAGAGUUCUUGGAUAAUUUGAUGGUAUAUAGAAAUACACUCAUGUCUUUUAACUGCGUAGAUGAAUUGAACUCAAGUUCCGUGCUUGAAACUGUUGCCAAGAGAUUACCUGUUCGUCUACAAAGGAAGUUUAUAAAGGUUUGUUCACGUCUAGAGGAGGAAGGUUUAGAGCCCAGGUUGGAUGACCUUGUGAGCCUGGUGAAAGACAGUGUCAACCAAGCUUUGAGCAAGUUUGCUAGUAUACUGCAUCCCUCCCCUGGAAUAGAGAAAUCGGAGAGUAGAAUGCAAUCAUUUAUGACGAAGGGGUCUCAGUGUAGUGGAUAUCGAGAAAGCUGUAUGGUGUCUAGUAAACCUAAUGAUUGUGGCAGCUUUAGCGAGACGUCCCCAACGGAUAAGUUACAAGCUGCGAGACAAACACGGCUGUGCUUCGUCCGUUUGCAAGAAGUGCAUGCAAAGGCUAACUGUGAAGCAACGAGCAAGUUUUGUGGCAAGCUAAAUGUGAAGUCAGCGUCAUCGUGUUCUGACUCCGAAUCGUGUGACGAUAAUGGUGCGGUGAAGAAGCCUGUAGUCGUAACUGAUAAUCCAUUGUUGAAAAGAGUGUCUCAGACGACACCGCAGUUUGUGCAUAAGAAGAGGGUUACAGUUUCAGUGUCCAGUUCUGACUCCACAAGUUUACAAGGUAUUACUAGUCAGAGUAAAGGAAUAAAACCUUUAAGGAUUCAUGAGGAAGAACCUGAGUCAUCUACGGCUGUUAUUAAAGAGUGUGAAAAUGAUGAAGUCGAUCAUACAGACGGCGGUAAAGUGGGUAUUUGUGACAAUGGUCACGGUAGUUCACAUUUAUCUGUGGCUGAUCAUGAUGAGAUUAGCGGAAUGCCUUCUACUACUGAGUUGACUAAAGGUUCUGUACAACUUGAACGUAAAGUAGAAUUAAAGGCAGAUGCGGUUGCUGCAGAUAUGGAUACUCGUGAGGCCGUCAGUUUAAGUGAUCCGAGUGUAGCCCAACUAUCGACAGAUGUUAAAACUGAACUGGAGCCAAUAAUAAAAGAUAGCAGUGGUGGUAAUCCUGUGGUUAGACAACCUCCUAAAGGUCUAACAACAACAGCUUCUGAUACACCGCUAGGUUCUUCAACUGGUGUCAGCCAGUCGUCGUUGGUGUUGUCAUAUGCAGUAAAAGAGCCGUCCAUGAAUCAACGUGUCUUAUGCAUUGAUUAUGCUAGUGUCGGUCCGUUCGAAGGGACGAAAGUCAAUGGCCAGUUUAGUGACGAUAAGCCAACUGUGUACAGGGUGGUAACUGUUAGACUGACUUGCACGAAUAAAGGCAUUUCAUGUUUCAAACUACUAUUUGAAUGUUAUUAUCUUUGGUGCAAAUUACUGUGUACAUUCGCUUGGUUGGUCAGAUACGUCGUAUGUUUGUUAGUCAUCUACCUUCCACGAUACAAUGUCAUGGGCGUGUUACCAUUCAGAGUCGAGGAUAUAGAUGAUGGAAGGAGGUCAGCAAAUGAGCUCAACGACGAUUUUCCAACUUAAGGGCGUAAACCUGAGAAGGGUUGUAGGCGUACUGCUGUAAGUCCUACAAUUCUUCAAGGGUAGUACGUCGAAGAGCAGUCCAUCGUACUUGGUGUAUUAUUUUGUACAUAUGUUCAUGUUGUAUAUAAUGAAUUGGUAUCAUCCCUCUUCUACCUGUUGAUUAAUUUUGUUUGUAUCCGGACGUCUUCCACUUGGAUCGUCAACCUGAGAAGAAAUGUAGGCGUACUGCUGUAAGUCCUACAGUUCUUCAAGGGUAGCUCGUCAAGGCAGAAUCCGCGAUAUUUGAUGUAUUGAUUGUACAUAUGUUUGUGUUGAGUAAUUAAGUGGGUUUCGAUUCAUCUGAUUGUCGCUUAAUCUUAUAGUUGUCGCAUUGUGUGAAUCAUCUUGUAAUGUUUUGUAAGCACGUCUGAAUUCGCUUCUAAACUUGUGAGUGAAUCGUGUAAUGUUAGAGUCAGCGUACGCGAUUGGAUACGCCGGGGAGAGGAUUGGGCUAGAGUGGAAUGAAGCAAUCGAUACUUUGUGAAAGAGAUUAGUGGUGGUAUCGUCGUCAGAGAGCGUAGACCCCAUGCGCCGGGGAGAGCGUGUAGGUGUGAUGUGGUAUGUUUGCUGUGUGUUGGGCUUUUUUGUCUUGCUUUUCCAAUUUUAGCCUAGUCCCGAUUGGCCCAGGUUCCCGCAUUGGCAGUUCAGUUCAAGGUUACCGCCGCUGUGAAAAAAAGGGAUGGACCCUUUUUUGCCGGGGAGUGUCAAUGGACGUGAACAUUGAACGUUUGUUUUACUGGGUCUGGCAGCCAUUGGCAGGCAAUUCAAGGCGCGAAUGGAACGAUCGCUUGCAAGUUGAAGGAAGACUGGAUUUCAAUACGAAUAAAAACUUUGUAGUUUUCUUCAAUUUAAUUGCCAAACAAUAUAAUUUCGUUCGAGGAAUAUUGGUGUUUUGGAUUUAAAGUUGAAGGAAACACAUAGUGUUUAUCGGUUCAAUCGCUUAAGUCUUCGUUACAAUAGGAACUUAGGGCUAAGUUCCUUGACACACGUUUUCAUACGACACGACGGUGUAAGGAAACCACUUCAACCACCUUAUGACGGACCAUUUAAAGUAAUAAGCAGAACAAACAAAAUCAUCACUGUUGAACGCGGAGGAAAACACGAGAAUGUAAGCAUCGAUCGCGUAAAACCAGCUUUCAUGGAAAUAGAGGUGACUGAAUGUUUACCCAAAUCAACAUCACCUAAAUUUGAGCCAAAAAAUGAGUCCUGCUCUCAAGAUUCAAAAUCUGAUGAUAUUCCGGCUAACAAAACAGAAAGAAUCACAAGAUCAGGCAGACGAGUACAUUGGCCACAAAGAUUUGUACAGACAAUUCAUUUCUAAUUCAUUUCCAUACUUGCUUAUUACUGUACUAUUAACUGUAUGUAAGAUAUAAAUCUAUUUUGUAGCUCUUUACAAUAACAACCUCAUUAUUAUUCUAAUAAUUUUUCUGGUUUCAUUGUUACAUUUUGCACAACUUUCUAAACAUUUUGGUUCGUUUCAAAGUUGUUAACAUUUUCGAACAUAUACAGUCAAAUUAUCAAACCUCAGAAAACUUAAAAUCCUCAAUUCGGUUUUCAUACCAGAAACUCGUAUAUAUUUCUCCUGUUAUUGUAAUUUACAAUAUCAUUCCGAAUACAGGUAAACUUCAUUUACCUGCAUUCUACGGAGGGGCUAUUGUAGUGACCCAUUUUAUUAUUCAUCAUCGCAGUAUGCUUUCACUAUGUAAUUGGACUUUGAUUUGUUUAUCACUCUAAAGAUUGCGUGUUAGCAAUUGAUACUUUUGUACUCGCU